CAGACAAGUGAAGCGCAGGAGACCGAAGCGGAACACUACACACCGGCUGAGACACAAACUGGUGAUAAUGUCUUCCCCGUGCAUGUGCUCUCACAAUUUCAUUCCUUGAGACGAGUCAUUUCAGAAGAUUGCUAUUCCGCGAAGAUAUAUGGUGAUAAUGAGGAAAUAAACCUCUACAAACUUUGUCAAAGCCCGCUGGCCGUUGAACCCAGAAUACUUUCAAACUUGUGCCGUUGCGCAGAGUUCUUUUCACACGCCGGCUUUGUCCCACCAGCCCGCCAGCCAAGAAGACAUUCCACCCUUUCGCCCUUGUUUGCUUUAUCAAAUGCCCAAAAACAGCAAGGCCGUCAAGAGAGAGCUUGACGACGAUGUCACGGAGUCUGUCAGAGACCUGCUUUCCAACGAGGACGCCUGUGAUGAUUCCUUCAAGAAGAGCUCGCUGAUCGUCAACAACCAUGAAGGCGAAGGGAAAGAGUGCGAUGUGGAGGAAGGGGGGUCAGAUGCCGAGGAGGAGGAACGACCGGCCUGGAACAGCAAGCUCCAGUACAUCCUGGCCCAGGUUGGCUUCUCUGUAGGCCUGGGCAACGUCUGGAGAUUCCCCUACCUGUGUCAGAAGAAUGGCGGGGGAGCAUAUCUGGUGCCCUAUCUCAUCCUGCUCAUAUUGAUUGGCAUUCCGCUGUUCUUCCUGGAGCUUGCGGUGGGACAGCGAAUCCGUAGGGGCAGCAUCGGUGUGUGGAACUACAUCAGCCCUCGGCUGGGAGGGAUUGGCUUUGCCAGCUGUGUGGUGUGCUUCUUUGUGGCUCUCUACUACAAUGUCAUCAUCAGCUGGAGUCUCUUCUACUUCUCCCAGUCCUUCCAGCAACCUCUGCCAUGGCACGAGUGUCCCCUCGUGAAGAACAAGACCAGUACAUAUGUGGUGCCAGAGUGUGAGAAAAGCUCAGCAACCACCUACUACUGGUACCGCGAGGCCCUGGACAUCUCUGACAGCAUCUCUGAGAGCGGAGGGCUGAAUUGGAAGAUGACCGUGUGUCUGCUGGUUGCCUGGUCCAUGGUUUGCCUUGCCAUGAUCAAGGGAAUACAGUCUUCUGGGAAGGUGAUGUACUUCAGCUCCCUCUUCCCGUACGUUGUGCUGGUUUGCUUCCUGGUUCGGUCGCUCCUCCUGAAGGGCUCCAUGGAUGGGAUCCGUCACAUGUUCACACCCAAGCUGGAGAUCAUGCUGGAGGCCAAGGUCUGGCGUGAGGCAGCCACGCAGGUCUUUUUCGCGCUGGGUCUCGGGUUCGGUGGCGUCAUUGCCUUCUCCAGCUACAACAAGCGCGACAACAACUGCCACUUUGAUGCCGUCUUGGUAUCUUUUAUCAAUUUCUUCACUUCUGUGCUGGCCACCCUGGUGGUGUUUGCCGUGUUGGGCUUCAAAGCCAAUAUCAUGAACAGCAAAUGUGUUGCAAUGAACACCAACAAGAUUUUAACAUUGUUGGGGAGUGGCAUCCUUGAGCAAAACCUUAUUCCCCCCAACAUGAACCUUACUCAGGUUAAUCAAGUCAGUGGUGAGGACUACCAUAAGAUGAUAGUUGCCAUCAAAGGGUUUAAGCAGGAUAAGUUCGAGUCACUGGGACUGGAAGCCUGCAGCAUCGAAGACGAGCUGAAUAAGGCAGUACAAGGCACAGGCUUGGCUUUCAUUGCCUUUACAGAGGCCAUGACCCACUUCCCAGCCUCACCCUUCUGGUCUGUCAUGUUCUUCCUAAUGCUGGUUAACCUCGGCCUCGGCAGCAUGUUUGGCACCAUUGAGGGUAUCCUCACCCCGCUGAUAGACACAUUCAAAGUCCGAAAGGAGUUUCUUACAGUGGGAUGUUGCGUGUUGGCCUUCUCCAUCGGUCUCCUCUUUGUUCAGCGCUCAGGGAACUACUUUGUGACCAUGUUUGAUGACUACUCGGCUACUUUGCCUCUGCUCAUAGUGGUCAUACUGGAAAACGUGGCGAUCGCCUGGUUCUAUGGGAUCGAUAAAUUCUUUGAAGACUUGAAGGACAUGCUGGGCUUUAUGCCGUACCGUUUCUACUAUUACAUGUGGAAGUACAUCACACCCAUCCUGCUAAUGGUCCUCCUGUGCUCCAGCUUCAUUCAGCUGAUAAUGACGCCGCCCAGCUAUAGUGCCUGGAUCCAGGAAGAGGCCAUAGAGAAAACCUUGCGCUUCCCUCUGUGGGGCAUUGUGGUCUGCAUCUCUCUGGUGGUGAUGGCCAUCCUGCCCGUGCCCGUGGUCUUUGGCCUACGCUACUUCAACAUCAUCAAUGACAACACGAGUGGCCUUUCCACUGUUUCUUACAAGAAAGGCCGCAUCAUCAAGGAGACCGCCCGGCCAGAGGAAGACGACGACGCUAGCCUUAUUCACGGAAAGUCUCCCAGCGAGGCUCCUUCGCCGAUGCCUGGCAACAGCAUCUACCGCAAGCAGAGCAGCAGCGGCGGCACUGAUGUGGACACCGCACCUAAUGGCCGUUAUGGUAUCGGUUACCUGAUGGCUGACAUGCCAGAUAUGCCUGAGUCAGACUUAUAGACUGACAGUAAUAGUAUGCCCUUCCGCAGCCAUAACGGGGGGCCACUUCUCCCCCCUCAACUCUCUGCGUGCGUUUAGUUACCUGUAUUGUCGCUGUAUAUUUCUCUUGUACCGUAUUUUCUUUGUAUAUAUUGUAACUGCUCUCUUAUUUGUUGUCUCUGAACCUUAUCUGCCAGUUUCAGAGUUUUGAACUAAGUCUAAUUCUGUACUAAAAGAACCAAAAGAAAAAAUCUCCAUGGGGAAAACGUUAGUCUGAGGCCAGGCUUAUUUCAUGUCUGUGAAACUGCACUAGUACAACUGUAUCCCUUAAAAGAAGGUCUAGGAAUAAACACCAUCCUUGUUGAAUCCUUCA